AAAUGAUGUUGUUGUGUGCAAAAACCCUACCUAACCAGCAGCACUUAUAGAGAGUGCAGUACUGUUUCAUUCCUUUAAAUAACCCUCCACUUAAAACCCAUUUCUGAUUACUGGAAGCUGCCACUGCCACAGAAUUAACUUGGCCUGCUCAGAAGGAAGCCCUCCUUUCAACUUCACUGUUCCUUGCCUAGGUAUGGAAUUUGUUCUUCGUACAUAUAUAAAUUUUACUGCUAGAUGAUGGUUUACAUGACAUCAGAACACCAACUAGGUUGUACACUUGGGAAGGAGAGUAUAAAUUCCCUGGCACCAUAUUGGGGAAAAAGAAACAGAACUAAUUUCUGAUACCGUGGAAGCAAGUGUGAGAGAAGAGGUAAUAAGAUAUGGUAUGGUUCAUCUGGUCCAUAACAGAACAAAAGUCCUAUUAAUAUAAGUAUAUACCAGGACAUGUUCUAUAAGUAAAUUUUUGUUGUUGUUGUUGUUGUUUCGUUAUAGUUUUCGGAGAGUAGAAGUUGAAGAGCAGAAAGAAGAAGGGAAGCCAGCAGUAAAUGAUGAAGGCUGGCUGCAGUGGUGGGUUUGGAGAAGUCUGCAGAAAGUUCAGGCCACACCUGCUCAUGGCCCUGGCACAGAUUUGCUAUACUUUCCUGUAUUUCAUCACUGAAGCUUCCUUCAACCAUGGAAUGAAUCCUAAUGUCUACGUAACGUAUCGUCACAUUGUGGCUGCUGUGGUCAUGUUCCCCAUUGCCUAUUUCCUUGAAAGAGAACAGAGGCCCAAACUGACCCUAGCCCUUUUCCUGGAGAUCUUCCUUCUGUCUCUACUGGGGGUGGGUUUGACCUUGAACAUGUACUUUGUUAGCCUGAAAUACACAUCUCCAACUUUCGUUGCUUCAAUGGUGAACACCAUAGCUUCUGUGACAUUUGUUAUUGCGGUUGUGCUAAGGUUGGAGUCACUUGAACUUCGAAAUCCACGAGGAAUUGCCAAAAUCCUAGGCACCUUAGUUUCAUUGGCUGGUGUAAUGACCAUGACAUUGUACAGAGGCCCCAUCGUCGAACAACUAUGGAAUCCUCUGGUUCAGAUACAGGGGAAAGCAAACAACAAUCACGAAAGCUGGCUCAAGGGUUCUGUUCUCACGGUGGCGAGCUGCAUCACAUGGUCGCUUUGGUACAUUAUGCAGGCAUUAACACUCAAGAGAUAUCCUGCUCAGUUGUCCCUCACAGCUUGGAUGAGCGCCGUCGGGGCGGUGCAAUCAGCAGUCUUCACAGUCAUUAUAGAGCAUAACAAGUCUGCUUGGACGAUCGGUUUUAAUAUUGAUUUAUGGUCUAUCAUCUAUGGUGGAGUGGUAAUCUCAGGACUAGUGGUAUUCAUUCAGUUGUGGUGCACAGAAGAGAAAGGUCCCGUCUUUGUUACCACCUUCAACCCUCUUGCAACGAUUUUGGUGGCAGUUCUAGCUUACUUUUUCAUGGGAGAAAAGCUCUACCUGGGAAGCAUAAUAGGUGCCGUGGUUGUGAUUGUUGGAUUAUAUUUGCUGCUUUGGGGUAAAGAAGGCGAUCAGAAAGCUCACUCCAAAGCACCAAGUGUUUCUGCUUAUAGUGAGGAAAAGGAAGCUAAUCUACAGAUAAUUACUUCUGGUGAAUCUAAGGUGUCGCCUGGGGAGGCUUAAGAUUUCAUCCAUGUGCACCUUUAGCAAUGAAGAAAGAGAUGUCACAUUGAAAUCAGUUCUGUGUUUCUUUGUUGCUACAACAGUCGUGACAUAUAAUCAAUCCAGUUCUAUGAGAGGCUACGUGUAAUAUCAGAUUGAUCCAAACAUAUGAAGAUAUUAGAGAAGGAGAAUGAUUCGACUGAUCAUUCAUUAAUGGCAACAAAACAAAAAAAAGUGUGCUAUAGCGAGUAGGAAGUAGCUUUAUGCAAAGCACAGAAGAGAGAGAGAGUAGGAAACCCAUAACAGUCGGGGAACUCGUUUCUUACGGGCCGACUCGAGGUUUGAUGUCCAAUCGUGCUGAUUUGGUUUUCUUUAGGAUGAAAAAAGACUUAAUAUUUGA